AUGGCCCUGGCCGGGUGCAGCUGGCUCCUCCUUGGUGCCGCUGUCCUGGGUGCCCAGGCCCAGAUCUCAAUCACGCCCGAGCCAGCCCAGCCCGCCGAGGGCGACGACGUGACGCUGCUGGCCCGGGGCCUGGCGGGUGAGCUGCUGGCCUACAGCUGGUACGCGGGCCCCGAGCUCAGCCUGGCCUACCUGGUAGCCAGCUACAUCGUCAGCACCGGAGACGAGACACCCGGGCCGGCCCACACGGGCCGCGAGGUGGUGCGGGCCGAUGGCAGCCUGGACAUCCGGGGCGCCCUGGCCAGCCAGUCGGGCACCUACAUCCUGCAGACCCUCAACCGGCAGCUCCAGACGGAGGUGGGCUACGGACACUUGCAGGUCUAUGAGAUCUUGGCCCCACCCGUGGUGCUGGCAAACCAAACAGAGUUGGUGGAGCGGCGGGACACACUGCGGCUGGUGUGUGGCAGCCCAGGGGACGUUGAUGCUCGCUGGUUCUUCAACGGGGACCCUCUGCCCAUCGCCCUGCGCCUGGGCCUGUCCCCCGACGGCCGCUCGCUCACCCGCCACGGGGUCCGCAGGGAGGAGGCGGGCGCCUACCAGUGCGAGGUCUCGAACCCGGUCAGCACCAGCCGCAGUGAGCCCUUCAACCUCACCGUGUACUUCGGGCCUGAGCGCGUGGCCAUUUUACAAGACUCCAUCACCCGCACGGGCUGCACCCUCAAAGUCGACUUCAACACGUCCCUCACCCUGAUCUGUGCCUCCCACUCCUGCCCUGAACCCGAGUACGUGUGGGCCUUCAAUGGACGCGCCCUGAAGAACGGCCAGGACCACCUCAACAUCAGCAGCAUGUCGGCCGCCCACGAGGGCACCUACACAUGCAUUGCCAAGAACCCCAAGACCCUGCUUUCGGGGUCUGCCUCGGUGGUGGUGAAGCUGUCUGCGGCUGCCGUGGCCAUGAGCAUCGUGCCUGUCCCCAGCAAGCCCACGGAGGGCCAGGACGUGACGCUGACCGUGCAGGGGUACCCCAAGGACCUGCUGGUCUAUGCCUGGUAUCGGGGCCCGGCGGCUGAGCCCAACCGGCUGCUGAGCCAGUUGCCUUCGGGGAAUUGGAUUGCAGGCCCCGCACACACAGGCCGCGAGGUGGGCUUUGCCAACUGCUCCCUGCUGGUGCAGAAGCUCAACCUCACGGACGCGGGGCGCUACACCCUCAAGACCGUGACGCUGCAGGGCAAGACCGAGUCGCUGGAGCUGGAGCUACAGGUGGCACUCAGCUUCCCUCCCUCGCACCCGUCCACGGACCAGCACCACCACCUUCAUCAGAAUGUGGCACAGGCUGAGCAGGGCGGGCCCUGGAAUAGCUGCGUGGAGACCAGACGUCUGCAGACACGAGCUCUUUCCACCAGAGUGGCUCAGGGCUAUAGCGGGGUGCGGGACACCCCCUGUGCCCAUGUCACCCCCGAGGUCAUUGAAGCUCCAGAUGCCCUGGCCCCCACCUACCAGCAAAGUCAGCCUGGUUGA